AUUAUAACUAGAAUUCUUUAAUGUUUACAGUGACAUGACAUCUCUGACUUCGGCAACAUACCAGUCUAACAUGGCCAUACACUCUGGGCAGCACCUUCUCAGCAUGCAAGCAGGUCAGGUUAGUCAUGGGCGUCCAGGUGCUCUUCUUGGGGAACGCAGCAAACAGCUCUUCCAGUCUCCAGUCAUUCCCACGCGUCAUUUCCAGUCUCAGUCGGGAUUCAGUGCAGGUGGAACAGAGCACGGCCAGUAUUCUGGAGGCCAGCCGAGUCACAGCCCGUAUGGAGUCACUCAGCCGCAGCAUGCAUCACCUUUUGCCUCCAGUCAGCCGGUGCCAGCCAACUAUGCCAGUGGUUCACAACUUAGAGGUGCCUUGUUCGUAUUUUCC